AUGACCAUCCAGCCAACCCCAGGUAACUAUGUUGUCUGCUCCAUGGCUGAAUUUGAGUCUCUUAUUCCAAUCAUACCAACUCGGUUGAAAUCAAAUUCUCCGGUUCUCGAAAAGGCUCGCAAAUCUGCCUGCUUCGCUAUCGAUGCGGAUUCUCUUCUGUUUGACAUAAAUGCACGAAAAACUAAUAAUCAAUGCCAAUUAACCAAGAAUGAGUCGAUUUGCCUUCUCAAAAAACACCUGCUUGCAGACUGGAGUGACAUUGUGAGUGCAUCUAAGCCUUCUGGAUUUUUGCAUUGUGGAGUUUCACAGAACGCAUAA